AGCGGCGGUGCUUGUCUGUGCGUGCCGUGCUUCUAAAAAUUGAAUUUUUGGUGAAUUAAAUCGUUAUACAUCUAUAAAAAUGGCUUCGUUAGCAGCCGCUCAAGUGCAAGAGGUGCGUUCUAUAACGCGCAUAGAACGAAUCGGCGCUCAUUCACAUAUAAGAGGUCUCGGUCUAGAUGAUUCCCUUGAGCCUAGGGCGGUGUCUCAGGGCAUGGUUGGCCAGAAGAUGGCCAGGAAGGCCGCCGGGGUCAUUUUGCAGAUGAUUCGAGAAGGGAAGAUAGCUGGCCGAGCAGUGCUACUGGCUGGCCAACCCGGCACGGGCAAGACGGCCAUUGCUAUGGGCCUAGCGCAGGCACUGGGCCCCGAUACUCCGUUCACUAGCAUGGCUGGUUCCGAAAUAUUUUCUCUUGAGAUGAGCAAGACCGAGGCUCUCACACAGGCAAUCAGGAAAUCUAUUGGCAUAAGAAUCAAGGAAGAAUCAGAGAUAAUAGAGGGCGAAGUCGUAGAGGUGGUUAUCGAGAGAGCGGCCGGCGGCGGUGGCGCCAGGGUCGGAAGACUGACGCUGAAGACCACAGACAUGGAGACCACCACGCCAUACUCGCACCAGGAACUCCGGGAAAUACUAAAUAUUAGGUGCGAAGAAGAAGACUGUCAAAUGUCAGCCGAUGCCCUGACGGUUCUGACUCGUGUGGCCACUGAGACCUCACUCCGUUACGCCAUACAACUCAUCACCACCGCCUCUCUCGUCGCAAAACGUAGGAAAGCCUCCGAGGUGAGCAUGGAAGAUGUGAAGAAGGUAUACUCGUUGUUCCUGGAUGAACACCGAUCGGAGCAGUUCCUGAAGGAAUACCAGGACGAGUUUAUGUUCAACGAUGGUGGUGGAGACGCACCACAGCUAAUGGAGAUCGCACAGUAAUCUCAAACACUCCAGUCAUUUCCAAUAAGUACGCUUUACUGUUUCGAAGAAGUACAUUUAAGUUUAUCAUAAGUGAUAGUUAAGUUUUUAUUAAUAAACAAAUUCCUACC